AUACAACGAGAUCUGUCAUUCCUUAUAUUGUUAUCGAUGUCAGGCUACUUCAAGGCAGAUCUUCAUCUGCGUUGCAUCAGAUUGAUUGUCACCAUGCCAUCAUCUCCACUCAGCGCCCUCGCUUGCAACGGCCCUGACAGAAUGCGUCAUCGUCAGUACCGUUCCUCCUUCGCAAGUGGGGCGUUCCUGAAUUUAGCACGCAAGCCCUUUCUCCAUCGUGCCGCAACUGGGGACCGCCGAUCUCUUGUGUGGUGCCCGUUGCAGGCCCAGCGCUGGUGCAGCCGGCCACAACCAGACUCGACAGCUGCCGCCUUGUGGCCUAAGCAAUAUUGCUGCAUGUGCGCACAAGGCAUCCUCGCAGCAUGUCUCAAAACAGUCGUGUGGCCGACAGCACCACCCGCAGUCGACUCGCGACGGCCUCACGAGGUGUCUAGCCCGAAACACGCCAAUGUCGGGACGCCUCUCAAUCCUCCAGGCCUCAUGCCACCACGUUAAAUUGCUGACGAGGAUCCCAGCACAACCAUCGUGGCGCCGCCUAGCUGGUGCUGAGAGCGGCCAACGGCAUCAAACUUACCUCAGCCGCACACCACAG